GUGGUUGUGUAGCUUUUUUGUGCUUAGUUUUUAUCUUAUCUCGGAUUCGAAUUGUGAAAUGACGCGCAGGCCAGUGGUUUUUGGUUAAUGUUAAUCAAUUCACCUGUUUGGCUAAUAGAUUUGCUCGUGUGUCCACAAUUGAAUCGCUCAAGUUUAUCCUUCAGCCAUAGAUAAAUAUGGUUAUAUGGCUGUGUUCGGUAUUUAUCGGGUUUUCGCGGUCAAGUUGAAUGCUUCUGAUUGAACGACGGCGAUCACCAAAAUAACUUACUACUUGCAAUUGCGAAUUUCAGUUACGAUUUGUCAUCGACGACGCGCGUAUCACCGUCGGAAUACUUAAGAAUUCGUCCACUCAAAGUUAAACCAUGCACAUGCUCACAUUUGUAGCGCUUGUAACGUGGAUCUUGCUCCUUUCCACAUAUUGCAGGGCGUUUCAGGAACGUGCGGAUUUCUGCAUAGAAACGGAACCGCUGCUCUUGACUGAUAUAGGUCGUCAUGUGGUCAUUGCUAGCGACACGGAAACCAAUUGUCACAUAACAGCCACAACGCUGACGCUCAAGGAGAAGGAAAGCCUCGUUGACACCAUGUGCACGGAUCACGGCUCGACAACAAUAAAACGCAGCAAUCAUCACUUCUUCAAGCUGCACAACGGUGAGCUGAAUGGACGUGGUGCCCAGCGUGACAUAUGCAAUGGAAAUGCUAGCACUAUGCUGGCCUGGGUACCAUACAAGAUCAUGCUGCAGAACUAUGCAGCUGAACUGAAUCCCAGGGAGCGCCUCAGCUACAUAGCCAAGGCGACCAAUGUGGAGCGGGAAAAGACUGAGCUGUGUCACUUCAGACACACGGAUCUGGUCAACAAUGUGAUGGACAAUCUCUUCACAUGCGUAGUCAUGAUAUUCGAGGACAACUUUUAUGGCAUUGAGGACAACAUAAAUGUGCUGGUGGAGCUGCAGCCUUUGAUGUACCAGCUGCGCAACAUCACGUAUCUGCCCUGGCGCAAUGUGACUAACAGCUAUAAAAUGCGUUUGGGCAGCGGAAUGCUUAAGAAUCCCAGCGGACAGCGUAAACCCAUCUAUGGCAGCCUUAGCUAUGCGUUUGUCGAGAAGGUUCGGGUCAACACAAGCAGCAUUUAUGAGCAAGAGAAACUGGAGCAGCUGCCGCUGCUGCUCGAGCAUCGCGGCUCUGUACUGGAGCUGGAUGCAAACGGUGUGGGCGGCCUGGAUGUGCACGAGCAGUCCUAUUACGGACGCACAAUGGAUGCCCGCAGCGAGGUAAAGGUGGAGAUAAUAGGCCAGUGGGUUGAUCAGCAUCGUGAGCUCAAUGCCGAUAUCUACGAAUACUAUGGCCAUGGCCUGAUGCGCUAUAAGCAACCAAUUGCUGGAGUCCGGUUAACGUUUGUGCGUAUCGACAGCACCGAGCCGGCAUUUGAGGCACCCGAAUCCGAUAAUCUGGCCAAGGCGUCACUGUUCCAGGACAUGGCUGCUGCACCAGCCAGAAUGAGUGCAAAUGGAUCUAUUGAGUUUAGGGAGUGGGAGGCGGAAGAGCAGCAGGGGGGCAGCUCCUCUUUCUAUCCCUGGUUUGUGAUCAGUUGCCUGUUGUUUGGUAUACUCCUGGUUACCCUAGUCUAUGGCAUUGUGCGCGUCUACAACAAAAAGACCAAGGAGAGGCAAAAAUACGAGCUUGCCAACACUAGCAACAAGCUAACAAGCUCCUCCUAGACGUAAGCAACAUUUUCAUUUGUUCCCAACAGGAAUUUUCAAAAUAUUCGUUUUAUAACAAAUAAAAGUUCUUUGAAUUUAAACAAUAA